AUGGAAAUACAAGCAUGUCUGACAGACAUAAACAAAUCGAAACCAGCUGAACACGAGAUUCACAAUCUCUUUGUCUGUGGCUUCUUUUCUGCCUGCGUUUUGGGUCCGUUCAUGGGCGUGAUUUGGGACAAAUGCGGUCGCCUCUGUGGCAUUCGCGUCUACGGACUCAUGUACGCUGCCUCGUGUUUUCUGACCGCGCACGGCAAGUCUUUUCCCGCCUUGAUUCUAGGACGCAUUCUCGGGGGAACUUCGACGGCAAUUCUCUUCUCUGUCUUUGAGGCUUGGUUGGUUUCGCAGUCGGGCAAGAUUGGAUUGUCAGGAGAUGCGCUUGGGAAUAUUUUUACGAAGCAGACGGUUGUUAACUCCCUCAUUGCUGUUUCAAGUGGUCUUGUAGCCCAAAGUCUCGCAGACAGCAUAUCUGUCGAAUCCGUUUUCGACCUUGCAGCUCUCGUCUGCCUCGCAGUGGCCAUCUUUGCCGGAAACAUUUUGAAAGAGGAGAAUUUCGGGCAAAGUUAUUCUGUCUUUGACAAAAGACAGGCGAGCAAAUCUUGGGAAGUAGCACAGUGCAAACACGAUAUUUUCUUCUGCAAGACUUGCAAAACGUUUGGAAUCAACCCUUACUCGCCUGAUUUUGUGACUCGAAGCCCACCAAAAGGUCUUGAUGGUUCUUCUAUCUUCGCGGAACUUUGCGAGAAAAAACGUCCAUGCUGCCAACUUGACGAUUCUUUCACAUUCUAA